AUGAAAGGUUAUGUCAAAAACACCCGGGAAGUGAUCGUUGUAUCAUUUCAGGGUUCUGACGGCCCUCUGGACUGGUUUAGGAAUCUCAAGUUCUUCAAACAAAGAUAUUCGGGUUGCCAAAGAUGCAAAAUACACACUGGAUUCUUCGAGGCUUAUAGCCCGCUGAGAGACGAAAUGCUUCAAAAAGUCAACAAUUUUUAUCAAGAGCAUCCCAAAAAAGUUUUAGUCACAGGUCAUUCACUUGGAGGAGCGAUGGCGACUUUGGCAGCUGUUGAUUUGGUCAAUGCUAGAUAUACUGUCGAUUUAAUAACCUUUGGCUCCCCUAGGGUUGGUAACGAAGAAUUUGCACAGUAUGUCGACAGAAUUGUGACGGGAUUGAAUCUUAGAGUGACGUACAAGAAUGACAUUGUUACGGUCGUUCCUAAUAUAGGAUAUCGACAUGCUGGGCAAGAAAUUCAUUGCAUUGGUCGUAAUAAAUGCCAUGAAUACCCAGCCGAGGUUAAUUUGUGCCAUCUAAGAGCAAACAUUUUCGAUCAUUGUAUGAAAAAUUAUCUCCAAAUAUAA